AUGACUGCAGACCCCUCUGGGAGCAGCCCGCCAUCCUCGGAUGGGGGCCUCUCACCGGUCAGUAGCCCGGCUACUGACUCCGGCGUUUCCUCGCCGGACAUCCCCCUGGCCGACCGGGCCCCGGAGGCCGGGCCCGCCCUUGACCCGGACAUUCCGCUGGCCGACAUGCCCCCCUCGGAGGAGGCGUCCAGCAAUGGCGAUGCCGACGACGAGGAGGCUCUCGAUGAUGCCGACCCCAAGUCCAAGAAGGGCAAGAAGAAGGGCAAGAAGAAGGGCAAGAAGGCCGACGACAAGGCCACCGAGGAGGAGCUCUACACCGCCGACGGCAAGCGCGACUUCUCCAAGGGCCCGAAGGUGUCCAUGACGCAGCUCUUCCGCUACGCCGGCAAGGUGGACGUGACCCUGAUUCUGGUGGGCAGCCUGGCGGCCAUCGGCCAUGGUGUCCUGCAGCCGCUCUUCUCCGUCAUCAUGGGUGACAUCAUCAAUGCCUUCGGCAACCCGGCCACCGAUCUCAUGUCGGCCAUCAACAAGAGUGCCAUUUGGUUUGUGGUGUUCGGCUUCAUCGGCCUGGGCACGUCCUACCUGCAGGCCAUGACCUACCUGUUCACGUCCCACCGGCAGGCCAAUCGCAUUCGCCGGCUCUACUUCGAUGCCAUGAUGCGCCAGGAGAUCGGCUGGUUCGACACCCAGAAGCAGGGGUCCGUCACGUCGCGCAUUUCCUCCGACGUCUUCCUCAUCCAGGAGGCCGUGUCCGACAAGUUUGCCCUCAUCAUCCAGAACAUGGCCAUGUUCAUCGCCGGCUUUGUGGUGGCCUUCAUCUACUCCUGGAAGAUGACCCUGGUCAUUGCGGCGCUGACGCCGCUCAUCAUGCUGGCCGGCGGCAUUUUCGGCAAGUCCAUCGAGUCCUUUGCCUCCGAGGGCCAGAAGGCCUACUCCGUGGCCGGGUCCGUGGCCGAGGAGGUCAUCAGCUCCAUCCGCACGGUGGCCGCCUUCGGCGGGGAGAAUCGCGAAAUUGGCCGCUACGCGCGUGCCCUCAUCCCGGCCCUGCGCAAUGGCGAGAAGAAGGGCCACGCCACCGGUAUCGGCAUUGGGUUCAUCUUCUUCGUCAUCUACUGCUCGUAUGGCAUUGCCUUCUGGUAUGGCUCGACGCAGAUCAACGCCGGCAACAUGAAUGCCGGUGAUGUGAUUGUCGUCUUCUUCUCCAUCAUGAUGGGCUCCAUGUCCAUCGGUACCGCGGCCCCGAGCUUCUCCAGUCUGGCCCAGGGCCUGGGCGCGGCGUAUGAAAUUUACAAUGUCAUCGACCGCGUGCCGGACAUCGACAACCUCAGCGACGAGGGCAUCAAGCCCGACGGCGUUGUCGGCAACAUCGAGUUCCGGGACAUCCACUUCACGUAUCCCUCGCGUCCGGAUAGCAAGAUUCUCAAUGGCCUGAAUCUGUCGGUCAAGGCCGGCACCACGGUGGCCCUGGUUGGCCACUCGGGCUGCGGCAAGUCCACCACCAUCGCCCUGCUGGAGCGCUUCUACGACCCGGCCUCCGGCACGGUGACCCUGGAUGGCAACAACCUGAAGGACCUGUCCAUCCGCUGGCUGCGGUCCAGUGUGGCCCUCGUGUCGCAGGAGCCGGUCCUCUUCUCCACCACGAUCAGCGAGAACAUCCGGUAUGGCAAGCUCGAUGCCACCCAGGAGGAGAUCGAGGCCGCCUGCCGGAUGGCCAACGCCCACGACUUCAUCAGCAAGCUCCCGCUCAAGUACGAGACCCCGGUCAAGUACAAGGACAGCCCUGUGAUCCGGGCGUACACAUACUCCAUCUCGGACUGGCCGUACAUGGCCAUGGCCUUCGUGGGCGCCAUCCUGUCGGGUGUCAUUUUCGCCCUGUAUUCCUUCAUCUCGACGGAGAUGAUCGAUGCCAUGAUCUACAACACCGGGGACGAUUUGAAGCGCGCGGCCCUCAUCUGGGGCCUGGUGUUCCUGGGCCUGGGGACCUACUCCUUUGCCUCGAACUACCUGCUGAAUGUCGGGCAGUUUGUGACGGCCGAGCGCCUGACCGACCGCAUCCGCAAGCUGGCCUUCAAGACCAUUGUCCGGCAGGAUGUCGGCUGGUUCGACCAGCCGGAAAACUCCACCGGCAACUUGGCCACCCGGCUGUCCACCGAUGCCAGCUACAUCCAGGGUGGCACCUCCACUCGGAUGGCCAUGAUCCUGCAGAUUCUGUCGACCCUGGUGGCUGGUGUGAUCAUUGCCAUCAUUUCCUGCUGGCGCGUGGGCCUGGUGGCCAUUGCCUGCCUGCCCUUCUCCCUGUCGGCCGGAUACCUGUCCAUCGUGGCCAUGGUGGGCUUCAAUGAGAAGAACAAGAAGGCCUUCGAGAAGAGUGGCUUCUAUGCGGUGGAGUGCAUUUCCAACAUCCGCACCGUCAUGUCCCUCAACCGGCAGGAGACCUUUGCCGGGAAGUUUGGCGAGUCCCUCAGCGAGCCGGAGAAGGCCUGCUUCCGGAGCACGCACCUGGCCGGCCUGGCCUUCGGCUUCGCCGAGGGUGUGGUCUUCUGGGUGUUUGCCCUGUCUUUCUGGUAUGGCGCGCAGAACGUGGCCAAUGGCUGGUGCGAUUUCGCCCAGAUGAACCGCGCUAUCAUUGCCGUGAUCUUCGGGUCCAUGACCGUCGGGCAGAUUGCCUCGAUGGCGCCGGACUACUCGAAGGCGCGCAAGUCCCUGAUUGCCAUCUUCGCCCUGAUCGACCGCCGGCUGGUCAUCGAUCCGCUGUCGGACGCCGGGCGCAAGGUCGACCGGGUGGAGGGCCGCAUCGAGUUCCGGGACAUCCACUUCCACUACCCCAACCGCGAGGACAACCCCAUCCUCCGGGGGGUCAGCUUCACGGCCGAGCCGGGGCAGACCGUUGCCCUGGUCGGUCCGUCCGGCUGCGGCAAGUCCACCCUGAUCCAGCUGCUCGAGCGCUUCUACGACCCGGUCCGCGGCCAGGUCCUGGUUGACGGGGUGGACCUGCGGGACUUCCACAUCCCGGCCAUCCGGCGCAACAUCGGCCUCGUGCAGCAGGAGCCGGUUCUCUUCAGUGGCACCAUCCAGGAGAACAUUCGCUACGGCCGGCCCGACUGCACGGACGAGGAGAUCGUCGAUGCGGCCAUCUUCUCCAACGCCCACAGCUUCAUCCAGAACCUGGCGCGCAAGUAUGACACGCGUGUUGGUGACCGUGGUGCCCAGCUGUCCGGCGGUCAGAAGCAGCGUGUGGCCAUUGCCCGUGCCAUUGUCCGGAACCCGCCGAUCCUGCUGCUGGAUGAGGCCACCUCGGCGCUGGAUUCCGAGUCGGAGGCCAUCGUGCAGGACGCCCUGGACAAGGCCUCCAAGGGCCGGACCACCAUCGUCAUUGCCCACCGGCUGUCGACCAUCCGCAACGCCGACAAGAUUGUCGUCAUUGAGAAUGGCCAGGUCCUGGAGUCCGGCACCCACGACGAGCUGAUGGCCAAUCGCAGUCUGUACGCUCUGCUGGUCAGCCAGCAGUCUGGUCUGUGA